AGUUGAGCGAUUGGACUGCCAUCUCACUGCUGACCACACAGCAUCGCUAUAGUGACAUCGGCUGGAUGUUGACUGCCGAGCAGCGACACGGAGAAGAAGAAACGCUCCAGCGGGCAAAGCGGACUGUGGUACCGUCGGUCUAUCGGCCCUUUCUGCGCGUGUUCCGUGUCAGUAGCCGGUCUCGCGCUGUUGCGUUUCUGCCGGUUUAAAACAACCAAAUGAACCGGACGUUAUCUGCUGACCGACGCAGUUGAUUCUCUCGCGUGCAGGAAUGGCCGACGACGGACUGGACUACAACCUGGUGUUUCCAGAUGCGGCCACUUCGGAGAGACACUGGCAGGGGACAAAGGAGCCAGUUGUGAUUCUGCUGGGCUGGGCUGGCUGCAAAGACAAGCACCUGUCCAAAUACAGCUCCAUCUAUAACGAGCAGGGAUGUGUCACGCUCCGCUACACGGCUCCCCUGAAGACUGUGUUCAUCUCCGAGUCCUUUGGCUACAAGGAGCUGAGCAGCACGGCCCUCAAGCUGCUGGAGGUCCUCUAUGACUACGAGGUGGAGAACAGCCCCGUUUUCUUCCACGUCUUCAGCAACGGCGGCUUCAUGCUGUACCGCUACAUCAUCGAGCUGCUGCACAGCGACAAACAGUUCAGUUCCUUGUGCGUGAUCGGGGCCCUGGUGGACAGCGCCCCAGGUAGCGGGAACGUCCGCGGGGCCCUGCGCGCACUGACAGCCACCCUGGGCCCCGAAAUAACUCCCUUUCUACGGUACGUCCUCCUGGCCCUCUUCGCGGUGACCGUGUUCCUGCUGCGGGUGGUGCUGUACCCUUUGACCAGGUACUUCCACAAGAACCACUACGACGCGGUGCGGGACCGCCCGCCCGUCUGGCCUCACUUCUACCUGUACUCCAGGGCCGACCAGGUGAUCAGGCACCGGGACGUGGAGGUCUUUGUGGACGCCUUGAAGCAGAAGGGCGCCUGGGCCGAACGCUUCGACUUUGUCUCGAGUCCCCACGUCGGCCACUUCCGGGAUUUUCCCGAGCAGUAUGCGCUCAAGUGCCGCGGAUUCCUAGUCGCCUGCAUGAAGGACCUGGAAGGGGCCGAGACAAAGAGGAGACAGAGGGUCCAGUGACUUAACAGCUACAAGACCUCUGUGCAGCAUUCUGGCCCCAGUGCAUGUGAUGGGAAGGUUCCACAGAGGUGCUCUUGGUGUGCCGGAUCCUUAUCUGGAAAAACCAAGCAACCAGUGACGUGUGGCACAAAGGCACACACCUGCCUACUCCUAUGUGUUUGCAUCCUACAACAUUCUUAAAAAUAACAAUACAAACUUCUGCCAUACACUGGAAAAUGAAAUCCUUUGGGAUAAUUGAAAGGGAAUUUAAUGUUGCUGUGAAAUGUGAUGCGUUAGUGGUAGCAAAUCUAAAACUGGGGCUAGGUAUUGAAUAAUUUGUAUCUUCUAUUUAUACAAUUGACAAGGUAUUUAUGAUUUUUUUAUUUUUACCUCGUAAUCUGACAUUCAAUUGAAAUCACAAGGCUGCUCCAUGACUGAGCAAAAAAUAGUGAACGAUUUUUCUUUUCUUUUUUUUUUUUUUUUUUUU